AUGACAAAAGAAGAUCUUGAAGAAGAGAUUGAGGCCAUUGAAGCUAUUUACCCUGGAGCUUUGCAACAAAAGGGAUCAAUAUACCAGCUUGAUGUCCCAGACUUAAAUAUUUCUAUCCAGCUCUCUUUUCCGUCUUCAUAUCCUACAGAACCACCUCAUAUUCUUUCGGUGUUGCAAGGCCCUGAUAAAUCAUUAAUUGAUAGUAUAAUUCAAAACAUUUUCAUCCCCGAACAAGUUUGUCUUUUUGAUUUGAUUGAAUCAAUUAGAGAAACGUUUGAAGAUAUACAAAACGAAGACAGCUUUGAAGAAGAAGAAGAAACAAAAGAAAAUGUGUCAUCUAUUGGCGUUAAGUUGUCAAAAGAAGAUCUUGCUAAAGAAAUUUUUUCUCACUGGGUAGCCGGAUCUUCUAUAGUGGAUCGAAAAUCAGUAUUUAUAGGUUUCGCUUGUAAAGUAAAAUCGGCUCAAGAAGUUGAAGAUAUGGUCAGUCUUUUAAAACAAGAUAAACAUAUUGCACGGGCUACACAUAAUAUGAUAGCGUACAGAAUCAAAGGACAAAAUGGUGUUGUCAUACAAGACAAUGACGAAGAUGGUGAAACUGCCGCAGGGGGGAGGCUACAACAUUUACUAGAGUUAAUUAAUGUAUGGGACGUCUGUGUUUGUGUUUCAAGAUGGUAUGGUGGUAUUCAUCUUGGCCCUGAUAGGUUUAAACAUAUCAACUCGGCUGCUCGUGACGUUUUAGUCCAGGGUGGAUUUAUCACUGAAGACAAUAAGAAAAAGUCAAAGCGAUAG